CUGAGAACAACGACUUUUCAUUGUCUCUUUACUCUUUAGGCAGAGCAAACACCGAUUGGCCGCCACCAACCAUCAUCGCCACCAUUAUGGCUAAGCGAUCCAAAGCUCAAAUACAAACCGAAAUUUCCCAAAACCCCUCCAUUUCCCCCAAAAUACCAUUCCGACCCCGCAAAAUCCUAAAACUCUCCAAUACCCCCACCACCAAGCCCCUCACCUCCUCCUCCUCCACUCUCCCCAAAACCCUAAACCCAUUAACCUCCCAAUCCGAAGUCGACCUCGCCCUCCAACACUUACGCAGCUCCGACCCGAAUUUAACGGCUCUGAUCGACUCAUACAGCCCUCCGUCGUCGUUUGAUUCUGGCCGUCCAUUUCUAUCGCUCGCAAGAAGCAUUCUUUACCAGCAACUUGCCACCAAAGCCGCUCAAUCGAUCUACACCCGAUUCAUUUCGCUCUGCGGAGGCGAGGAAUCAGUGGUCGCCGACGUCGUUGCAUCGCUCUCGGCCCAGCAGCUCUGAAAUAUCGGCGUCUCGGGCCGAAAGGCUUCGUAUCUUCAUGACUUGGCCGAGAAGUACAGUGAUGGGACGUUGUCCGAUUCUUCUAUUCUGGAAAUGGACGAUGAGGCUCUGCUCACAAUGCUCACCGUGGUGAAGGGAAUUGGGGCUUGGUCGGUCCACAUGUUCAUGAUUUUCUCACUUCGCAGACCGGAUGUGCUUCCGGUCGGCGAUCUCGGUGUGAGGAAAGGAGUGCAGUUACUGUAUGGUUUGAAGGAGUUGCCGAAGCCAUUGGAGAUGGAGCAGUUGUGUGAGAAAUGGAGGCCUUAUAGGUCUGUUGGGUCUUGGUACAUGUGGAGGUACAUGGAGGCCAAGGGGGUCUUAUAGUAGCAAUUGUGGAGGGCUCUUAUGGUUUUGGAACUUUUUCGAAUUCUCGGGUAAUGGAACUUUCGCUCUGAACUAAUUCAAUCUUAAGAAUCACUUUUGUAGUUUGUGUAUAUUUGUUGUAUCAUUGAAGAAUUUCUGAACUGGUUCAUUGGUUUAUCAUUGUUAGACUGAAAUUUGAAUCUUAAGUUACUUUGUAAUC